AUGGCACCUUCAUCGACAUCGUCCUGCUCUCCCCCUGCAGCUCGGCAAUACAACCUGCGUACUAAACGAGCCAAGAUGAAUCACAAGGCUAGUAUAUAUUCCAAAAGGCCAACCAGGGACCAAGUGGUGGACGGCCCUCCGAAAAAGAAGAAAAGUGCCAACUUGGAUGACUAUGUCAGAGACAUCUCAGAAACUGUAGUAGCUUGGAGUUCCAACUUGGAUGACUAUGAGCAAGAGGAGCUGGACCUUGUGGUCCAGAUUUUAGAACAAGAUGGUAUCUACAAGGGGUCAGAUCUGUACCGCAAAGCAUUAUAUGCGGGACGAGUGGUCGAAGAAGGUCACGAAGGUGGCGGCGGUGAUUGUGAUGAUCACUCACGCCUUCUGAGGCCGGAGGCGGGACAAGUUGUUAGUGAACGUCACGAAGGUGGUGGCGGUGAUGAUCGCUCCCGAGAAAGCGACGUCAAGGUGGUGGCAGUGGAGAAUGUCGCUCCCGGGAGGUGGCGUCGCGUCGCUGAGUUAUGGGGACGACAGAUCACUCUUUGGCAAUUGUGGCGAUGGAGGCGGCCCGCAGAGCUUCCUGUCAGCUGGCAAAGCCAACAUGGCCACUGCCAGUGUUGCUAG